CUAUUCCCAGAAUCCUCUGGCAUCAGAUGACAUCAAAAAUGCGUGACGGGAACCAGUUCGUUUCCAUGGAGCUGAAGAAGCUUGUGUGUUAUCGGUGCUGACAGGCUAAUUUACGGAUUUUCUCCUCCAUUUCAGCUGUGAUUCUCUCGUAAAUUAUACAAAAACCACACGUUAUUUUCUUUCUAAGUGGUCUGAUUGAUGUUUAACCAAUUAAUUCAACGAGGGAUCUCCAUUCAGAAAGUUAUCACUGGCAAUUCUGGGCUGAGAGUAAAUCCGUCAAAUUCUUGUUGCUCGGAAACCCGUCGAAAUGACAGAGCAAUUAAAUAACAACGAAACUCUAUUUUCUUUCCAACUAUUGGUGGAAUAUAUCAGAUUAGACAAAACCAUAAAAUAUCUAAAUUAUUCCGAUGAAUUAGCCCUCGGUGUGAGACUACUAGACUUCCCAACUCUGCUCAUCUAUCAACCAGAAACGUCUACUCCACUGCUAGAACAACGGCUCCUUGAUGAUGAUGACGAGGACAUUGAGAAGGAAAACCAGCUCUAUCAAGCCCAUGACACGUUUAAAUACCCUUUCAACAGAGGGAAGUCGUGUUUGUUCAAAUCCCACCUGGACUCCCUCCACAUCCACCUAUCCAACACUCCUCUGCACGCUGUGGUCCUGGAUAUGAGGGGAGAGGUUCCCAAGUUGAUAGGCAGCUCGCUAGUGUCUCUGGUCAGGUUGAUAGACUGUAUCAGGUGUGAUGUGGAGGUUCAUGGUAUCUCCUCUCCCUCUUCCCAAGGAGAGAAAGGACUUGUUGAUUUAUUUAAUCUCAUGGGGGAGAAAAUAGGUGUUAUUUCUUUGGGAUAUAAUCUAUUCAGUCUGGGAAGUAGUUCAUUACCACAUAUACCUGAUAACAGGGUAUUGCCAGUUGGUAUUACACACGGGACGGAUUCUAUGAAAUCAAUCGAACAUUUACAGGUCGAUCAUGGAGAAGGAACGAUGCAACCACUUGACUUGGACAACACGCCUUCCAAGGUCCUUUAUCAGAAUAUUCAUAUAAAUGGCAAGCCCAGUGAGAUAGUGGUGUCAGAAGCAGGGCAGGCUGUUACAGUUUCAACUGCCACUCAAACAGAACAUUCUAGAAGCAAGCGGCAUCACCGAACACUCAGAGUGGCUGCUGUUGAUAAGGAGCAUGAUGAGGGAAGCCUCUGUGUUCAACCGCCAUCUCUUUACUACAGCAGUCCUGUAGAACAACAGGAGAAUGAACCAGACCAGUACGGGGUGUUAGACAUGGAGUCUCUCAGGGUAGAGGAUGUGGACUUGGGGAAUGAGGAGACACCUGAUGAGACACAGGUUCCUGCUACAAACCACAGGCGUAGACUGAGACAGGAUGUGGUUAUGGAGUCUAGAGGCAGGGAAGAGAGGGGACAGCACCAACCCCAGCAGACAGCAUCUAUCCUAGGGGAGGCUCUGAGACCGCUCCCUCUAUUGAACACCUUGCUAGUUGAGCUCGCCCAGCUGAGUGGACAGAGUCAGACCCAGCUCCAGCAGCUCUUCUCCGUCCACCCCAACCUAGCAUGGAUCUACAGGCUGCUGACAGAGCCUUCUAAUGGACAGGCAGACUGGCCUCAGUCCCAGGGCCUACGAGACACCACAACAUCACCACAGAGAGACGGGCAGUCUCCUUGCCCAGUGGUUCCCAAACUAUGGGUCGGAGCUAGCCCCAGAGUGAAGAACAGACCGCUUCAGGAACAAUGCAGCACUACCACACAAAGUUCUAUCAGAAAAACAAACUGGGAGAAUACAAUGAGUGGCAAUACAGUGUCCAAGUCCUCGCCCAAGAAGAAGUUAGGUUUUGGAAUGACAAAAACGUUCCGCCUAAGAAUGAAGCAGGUUAAACCUUGUGGGAUGAAAUGCCACCUCCGCGAGUGCAGAAAGCAGCAGACAGACAAACAGACACUCAACACCAAGGGUCCUGGGAGGAAGUCCAACAACACUAACAGUCAAACAGAUCAACCUAUAGAUGGGAGGAAGCUACUCAAUAGGAAUGAUAUUCUAAAUGAGAACAUUACGACUGUGAUAAGUAGCCUGGACAGAGACUGUGGACGGCAGGGAAACAUCUCAACUAGAACCCAGCAGAAACUAACAAACACAUUCAUAACUAGUGUCAAUGCAGAGGAUUCUUACUGUAAGAGAGAUGACUCCUCCCAAAGAUUACCAGAACAGAAAGCAUCAUCCCAUUCCAAGCAGGACAGUCACAGUGAUCUGUGGGUGCAUAUUCCCAGUGUUGAUCACACAGAGGAGGUGUUACGGAGUGGAGAGUACGACCAUGCUGACUCUGACAGCAGAGGAGACGGGGAUGAGACUCCAAGAUGCCCCAAACCCAGACCGCACCUUUCAGACUCUGGCCACAAGCCCCACAUGUCAGACACCAGAAGAUGCCCCGGACACAAACACCCCCACUCUGCCUCCAGCAGUGAUAGGUUGGACAGUGUGGGUGCAGUAGAGUACCUGGAUGAUUUCAGCAGUCUAGAACCUACUGAUGGUGACGGGUACUCACCUUCAACUGACCUCAGUAGCCCUGAACCUGUUGGGGGUCGGAGGACUAGGGGGAGGAGCCCUGAGCCUGUUGGGGGUCAGAGGAAUAGGGGGAGGAGCCCUGAGCCUGUUGGGGGUGGGAAGACUAGGGGGAGGAGCCCUGAACCUGUUGGGGGUGGGAAGACUAGGGAGAGGAGCCCUGAACCUGUUGGGGGUGGGAAGACUAGGGAGAGGAGCCCUGAGCCUGUUGGGGGUGGGAAGACUAGGGAGAGGAGCCCUGAACCUGUUGGGGGUGGGAAGACUAGGGAGAGGAGCCCUAAGCAUGUUCGGGGCGGGACCAGGGACAAGAGGAGGAGCCGUGUGUCAGGUGACCAUAACUCUGACGGCUCCAGUGUCUCAGAGAGAGGCCAGAGAAGAAGAGUGGCUCUUCCUGUUCAAGCUGAGACGUCUCCCCAGCGUUCCCUGAUGAACACACACGUCAUCAGACGUCGUUCCCAGGCCUCAGCCCUCAGCGUCUCCUCUGACAACAGUUUUGGAGACACGCCUGCAUCCAUACACUCAGUCCGCUCUACAGCUCAGCUGGCAGCAAGACCUCGUAGUGGAGGAGCCAUGAGGUCUGGUUCUGGGGCUAGAGGAACCUCGACCAACAGGCCUGCUGGUACAUGGUGUCAGGGAGCCAAGGGCUCUUUCUCUGAGAGUCUCAGAGCAUCAAGACAACUCGGUGACAUCCGUACUGACUACAUCCACACUGACUCCAUCCACACUCAGAACAGUAGACCAGACAGAGGGUACUCUAUAGACGCCCACACUGACUCCACCCACACUGACUCCAUCCACACUCAGAACAGUAGGCCAGACAGAGGGUACUCUAUAGACACCCACACUGACUCCACCCACACUGACUCCAUCCACACUCAGAACAGUAGACCAGUCAGAGGGUACUCUAUAGACACCCACACUGACUCCACCCACACUGACUCCAUCCACACUCAGAACAGUAGACCAGACAGAGGGUACUCUAUAGACGCCCACACUGACUCCACCCACACUGACUCCAUCCACACUCAGAACAGUAGACCAGACAGAGGGUACUCUAUAGACGCCCACACUGACUCCACCCACACUGACUCCAUCCACACUCAGAACAGUAGGCCAGACAGAGGGUACUCUGUAGACACCCACACUGACUCCACCCACACUGACUCCAUCCACACUGACUCCAUCCACACUGACUCCAUCAACACUCAGAACAGUAGGCCAGACAGAGGGUACUCUGUAGACACCUGCAUCUCUACUGACUACAACUCCUCACCUGAGUCCCACAAGGCUGAAGAUAUAGAAGCGGAGCUACCUGAGGAGGCAGGAGAGGAGCUAACUGAGGAGGCAGGAGAGGAGCUACCUGAGGAGGCAGGAGAGGAGCUAACUGAGGAGGCAGGAGAGGAGCUAACUGAGGAGGCAGGAGAGGAGCUAACUGAGGAGGCAGGAGAGGAGCUAACUGAGGAGGCAGGAGAGGAGCUAACUGAGGAGGCAGGAGAGCUAGCUACAGAGGCUAUAGAUGAACUGGGAUCUCUGGGAUUCAGUCAUCAGUACCAACAUGUCUCUGAACUGGUAGUUAACAAGCUCCCUGGAUACACCUUCUAGAAGACCCACAUGAAGAAUGUGCUUCCUAGGGACAAAUGUGUCAAGCAUCUCUAGGUAGUGCUUCUGAUCUCGGGUCAGAUAUUCCCGUUCCAUAUAAUCCUAAUCAUUGUGAUAUUAAAGGCAAAACCAGUUCUCCUCCUCGAAUGCUGUGUUUACACAGGUAGCCCAAUUCUGAUAUUUGUUUCACUAAUUGGUAUUUUCACCAAUCAGAUCAGUUUUGAAAAUGAUCUGAUAUGAAAAGAUCCUAAGUGAUUGGUCAAAAGACCUAUCAGUUGGAAAUAUAUCAGAAUUGGUCUGCGUGUGUAAACACAGCCCAUGAUGCUUGAUCCAUAGGGGACCUGACAUAGUCCACAUCUGGUUUACUGACAGAGCAAUGGUGUGAAGGCAGAUACUGUUAGUCAUUGUGAGUUUGGACGUGCGGGACACCUCUAUUUGAAUAUCUCCUUCUGUACGGCACUAGACUAAACUCAAUGUUGUAUCAAUCAUUCAUCAAUUCAAAGGGCUAAUUGAAUCAUUUACUUCCGUGUUAGACUAUUAUCUAUGUGAGCGGGUUUGGGAAUUGCCUAAUAUGAAUAAGUUAUCAAAAAGCAAGACUGUAUGAUACUGUUUCAGUUUAAAAUCUCUUUCCCAAGUUAUUCAAAUGCGUCUAUUGUUGUUUCUAUACAUUCAACAGUGAAAAUAAUUGAAAUGUGUUUUGAUGAGUUCCGUACUACUAAAGUUGUGCAUGGAAAUGCUGUUCAAUAUGCAAGACUACAAGGCUCCUACACAAUACCAAAUGGAGCAGCUGGAGAGAUAUUGUGCUGCCACUCCUCAGUCAUGGAUCUCCUGAAUACUAUGUGGAUGGUAUUAUAGGAUAUGUUUGUAUUUGCUUAGAGCAGGGGUUGUUCAACCUUUUCUUGCCCCCCCCCCCGUAAGCAAACCAGCAACGCAGGGACCUCCAUUAUAUGUUAGCAAACAAAUAUUGUCUUAUUAUCAGGUGAAUGAUCAUAGAAAGCAGAAGUAAUCAUUUAAAAAUGAAUCGAUUUGGUAGAUAAUUGUUCAUUAUUUUGACCACGUUCCAAUUGGAAGAGGAAGUGUAAACUCUAACAUAGCCUAUUAUAUAGAGGGGGAACUCCAAGCCUAAGAGCAGCUGGUUUAACAAAGGUUAGCCAUGUGUUGGCAAAAAAUGAAUGUCCAAGUCAAGAAAGCUGCCCCGCAGCCAGUGACACUUCCUGCACUGGUAGCCUACAGAGUCCCACGGUGUUCUAAUACCCAUAAAACCUACUGAUCGAACACGGAAAUGGUCCCAAACAUUUUCCACUGGGUGAAUUUGACAAACACUUGAAAUGAAGUAUGUGUUUGGUGUAGGUUUACCUUGGCGGGACAUUUUGAGUACCUUGUAAUUCUAGGACAAAGGUGACUUUUAUCAAUAUAUUCACCUCAAUUUACUGUCAAAAUAUUGAAAUGCUGAUUAGAAACAGAGAAAAUCUCAAGAAGACUACAAAUUCCAGCAGAAAGCUCCUGUACAUGUUCACCAGCGUGAUCAGAGGCCUUCUUUACCCAAUCCAUGAUAAAUCCAUGUGCUG